AUGGUCGUAAUGUUUGGUAAAUCAUUUCGAUUAUUCUUGUGCACCUUUUACUCGACAGCUGAAGGAAACGAAAUUCGAUGCUUUUCGUGUGAUGACUGCACCAAACAAGCGCCUACGAUCGUACGAUGUGAUGCAAAGAAUGGGCUCGAUCUGAACGCGUUCAGCUACAAUCCGACCUACCCCAUACUGACACCAUCCACACCGCAGUGGAAUGCAAACCCUUGGGAUCCAAUCCUAACUCCACCGACACUGCCACCGAACGGCAAUCAAAACAAUCCGUGGGAUCCAUUACUAACACCACCACCGCUCCUUGGUGGUGGUAAUAAUGGAGACGCCUGGUACCCGGGCAAUCCCAUUCUAACGCCACCACCAUUGAACGGUGGCGGUAAUCAGCUGUAUCCGUGGGAUCCACAGAUAACGCCACCACCGCUUGUUGGUGGUAGUACUGCAUGGCACCCGGAGUAUCCUAUUCUAACGCCACCGACCACCUACUAUCCGUGGGGAAAAGCGAAAGCACACAGCAAGGAAAAUAGGAAGCGUUUCGUAUGUGCGACAGUUCGAAGCAAAGGUAAAGAUCAACAAAUGGACACGGUACAUCGACGCGGUUGUGCCGAGAUCGAAGGGUACGCUGUUGGAGUUUGUGUCCAGGGAGAAAUUCCAGUGACGGAGGGAGGUAUUACGAGUUGCCGCGUUUGUGGACAUUCGCUGUGCAAUGAGUAGGUCAGAGUGAAGGUGUAGGUGGUACCAGCAUGCUGUGAUUUGUUUUGUCUGCUUGAUGUGGUCAUUGGUCAUUGAAAUAAAUGAAAUUGUUUAGAAAAUAGUUAUUAUUUACAUCUAACAAUAGCUGAUUUGGUUUGGUUGUGAAACCUCGGUCAAAGAAUUUACAAGAUGAAUUUAAUACAAAGCUAGAUCGGGUGUACUAGUUUAAUAAAAGUUGCUGAAAUAAACAUUUACGCACAAUGCUUUACUUUUCUAUGCUUUCCUAGCUUGAGCCACUAUUGAAGUCUUUGGGACAACGUGUGUUAGUGUGAAAAAGCUGUUAAAAAGCUGAUUUUCGUAGAUGAAUAAGCAUUGCCUACAUUUAGGCGUAGA